GAAGUAUUGAAUAGUGUGUGGAUGUGAAAGUUGUUUUGAUAUCAGACUGGUAAGUGUAAUGUUCUUAUCUAUUUCUGGAUGGCCUGCCUACCCAGACUGCUUUUUCCCCACUUGUAGGUCACUUGGAGAACCUUGCUUGUCUUAACUGUUCCUCCAUGAGGCUAAUAAAAGACUUGCCUGCCUGUUUUAAAUAUUGCACUAAUAUUUCACCUUACGUUUAUUGUACAAAAGAUAGCUACGCUUGGACAAAAGGAUCAGAAAGAGGGCAGGGGGCGGCCCUGAGAGCGUUUGACUCCCAGUGGCCCUCUCCCCACAGGGGAGUUUCGGGGCCUUGUUUGGUUACAGUAAGGAACUGGCAUUCUUCAGCAUCCAGAUACGAUGACUCUGUCGUAGAAAAAUCCCUGAAGUCCCUGAAAGACAAAAGCAAGAAGUUGGAAGAAGGGGGCCCCGUUUAUAGUCCAGUGGUGGAAGAAACCGUCGUUAAAAAAUCCAUUGGGCAGAAGAUUGUCGAUGAGGUGAAGCAUUACUACCACGGCUUCCGGUUGUUGUGGAUCGAUUCCAAAAUUGCCGCCAGAAUGCUCUGGCAGAUUCUUCACGGCAGCUCCAUGACCCGCCGGGAGCGCAGGCAGUUCCUUCGGAUCUGCGCCGACCUCUUUCGCUUGGUCCCUUUCCUCGUCUUCGUCGUCGUUCCCUUCAUGGAAUUCUUGCUCCCCGUAGCUGUGAAGUUGUUCCCCAAUAUGCUUCCUUCGACAUUUGAGACCAACUCCAAGAAGGAAGAGAGGUUGAAGAAAGAACUGAGAGUAAAGCUUGAGGUGGCUAAAUUUCUUCAAGAUACUAUCGAAGAGAUUGCCUUAAAAAACAAAGCGGCUAAAGGGAAUGCCACCAAGGAUUUCUCAACCUUCUUUCAAAAGAUACGCGAGACUGGUGAGAGGCCGAGCAACGAAGAGAUUUUACGGUUUUCUAAACUGUUUGAGGACGAGCUGACCCUGGACAACCUCACACGGCCCCAGCUGGUUGCUCUGUGUAAACUUUUAGAACUUCAGUCAAUCGGAACAAACAACUUCCUUCGCUUCCAGCUAAUUAUGAGGCUGAGGAGUAUCAAAGCAGACGAUAAACUGAUCACUGAGGAGGGCGCGGACAGCCUGACGGUGAAAGAGCUGCAAGCAGCCUGCCGAGCGAGGGGCAUGAGAGCCCUCGGGGUCACGGAGGAGCGAUUAAAGGAUCAGCUGAAGCAGUGGUUGGACUUGCAUCUGAAUCAAGAAAUCCCAACUUCGCUGCUUAUAUUAUCCAGAGCGCUGUACCUCCCAGAAACUUUGUCUCCGGCUGACCAGCUGAAAACGACUUUGCAAAUUCUCCCAGAGAAUGUGGCAAAAGAGGCUCAGGUGAAAGCGGCAGAAGUCGAAGGAGAAAAGAUUGACAAUAAAGCCAGAUUGGAAGCGACUCUCCAAGAAGAGGAGGCCAUCAGGAAAGAACAUCAGGAGAAAGAGCUGGAAAAGCUUUCGGAAGCGGCUGAGAAAGCCAAAGAGACUCUUCACGUGGCGGAAAGGGAGGUGAUAGUAGAUCUGGAUUCCUCAGCUCUGAACAAAGUCUCUCUAGAUGCCACUGCUGAACGAGAACCGGCAAAAGUGAAUGUAGCCCUGCAGUCAGAGGUUUUGACAGAUACGGCCCCGGUAUUGGAAGGCACGAAGGGCGAAGAGAUAACAAAGGAGGAGAUUGACAUGCUAAGCGAUGCUUGCACUAAACUGAAGGAACAAAAGAAAUUGCUGACAAAGGAGAAGGAGGAACUGGAGGACCUGAAGGAUGAUGUGCAGGAAUACAGCGAGGAUGUGCAAGAAAUCCAGGAACUAACUAAGAGUGGACCAGAAGAAAUAGUUGAAGAAUCCAAAGCCAGCAAGAGGCUGACUAAAAGAGUGAACCGAAUGAUCGGGCAGAUCGAUCGAAUCAUUCAGGAGUUGGAGACAGACCAAAAGCCCCUCGGAGAAGAGCCGGGCGGGGGUCCCAUUGGGCUGCGUUUCCCAUUUAGGGAGAACCUCAUCAGCAUCCAGGAUCUUAUUAACGUGAUGAAGCAGCUCCAGGAAAUCCCCGAAGGGAAACUCAACAAGCUGGCUGAGGCCCUGGAUGAGAAUAAGGA